AUGUCUUCCAAAAGCGAAAAAUUAGAGAAGCUGAGGAGACUACAAGCUGCUAGAAACGGCACAACCGCUGGCGAUUAUGAGGAUGACGAGGCAGAUGGUAAUAGGUUAUACGACGAGGUGGAUGAGAAAGAGUAUAGGGCCAGGAAACGCCAGGAAUUACUGCAUGACGAUUUUGUUGUGGACGACGAUGGGUUAGGUUACGUGGACCGUGGUGUCGAAGAAGAUUGGAGGGAAGCUGGCGACAACUACAGUGAUGAAGACAAUGAAAACAUAGAUAAUAUUGAUGGCAAAGAUGCUAAAAGGAAGAAAGCCGCAAAAAGGGAGAAGGACCAUCCGAUUACGGAUAUGCUACGAACUCAGCAUUCCAAGUCGACACUACUGGCACAUGUUAAGCAAUCCCAAAAGAAAAGUAUCCCCAUUGACAAUUUUGAUGAUAUUCUCGGUGAAUUUGAAUCCGGUGAAGUAGAGAAACCCAAGAUUUUAUUCCCUUCCAAAUUAAAUACAAUUUUGAACUCUUCACCUUCUCAUGAGUCAAAAUCCUCAGUAAAAAGAAGUAAUAGAAAUGACGACCAAAACCCUGGUACCAGUAUUUCUAAAAAGGUCAAGAUUGACCCAGAUUCAAGUACUGAUAAGUAUUUAGAAAUUGACUCUUCACCAUUAAAAUCACAAAGCAGGAAGCAACGCUACGCAAAUGACGUAGAGGAUUUAUUGGAUGACGUGGAAAACUCGCCCGUAAUGACUUGUAAAAAAGAGAAACCAAUUGAAGAUUCAUUGGUUGAAAAUCCACCAUCUACUCAAAGUUUGGCUAAUGAUGAUGAUGAUGAUGAUAGUGACGAUGAUGUUAUACUGAAAAGAAGAACUAUGAGAAGUGUAACAGCAACUAGGCGUGUUAACAUAGAUUCUAGAAGUAACCCUCCAACCUCACCAUUUGUUACAGCACCGGGAACACCAGUCGGUAUUAGAGCGCCUACUCCAAGUAAAUCAUCACGAUUCGACACAGAUACUAACACACUCACUGUCAGUGUCAAGAAGGAGGAUGUAAUUGAUUCAGAAACAGAUACUUUUCAAAUGUUUUGGCUAGAUUUCUGUGAAGUCAAUAACACUUUGAUUUUAUUUGGCAAGGUGAAAACCAAGGAUGAUAGAUGUGUGUCGGCCAUGGUUCAGAUUAAUGGUUUAUGUAGGGAGCUAUUUUUUCUUCCAAGAAAGGGUAAAACACCAGCUGAUAUACACGAGGAAAUCAUUCCUUUAUUGAUGGAUAAAUAUGGGUUAGAUAAUAUCCGUGCCAAACCUCAAAAAAUGAAAUAUCCCUUUGAGCUUCCCGACAUCCCAUCUGAAAGUGAUUAUCUAAAGGUUCUGCUUCCAUACCAGACACCAAAGUCUGCUCGAGACACCAUUCCAUCAGAUUUAUCGAGUGGUACCUUUUGUCAUGUCUUUGGAGGGAAUACCAAUAUUUUCGAAAGUUUCGUCAUUCAAAAUAAGAUUAUGGGACCAUGUUGGCUAGAAAUAAAGGGAGCAGAUUUCAAUUCAAUUCGUAAUGCUUCUCAUUGUGCGAUUGAAGUUUCUGUAGAUAAAUCCCAGAACAUUAACCCUGUUUCAGCGAAGACAAUGCCGGAUCUGAGAUGUCUUUCUUUAUCAAUUCAGACAUUGAUGAAUCCAAGAGAAAAUAAACAAGAAAUUGUCUCGAUAACUUUGUCGUCCUAUAGAAAUAUCUCUUUAGAUUCACCCAUUCCUGAAAACAUCAAACCAGACGACGUCUGUACUUUAGUGAGGCCGCCUCAAUUAACAAGUUUUCCGUUGGGUUUAGCUGCAUUAGCAAAACAGAAGCUACCUGGUCGGGUCAGACUAUUCAACAACGAAAAGGCUAUGCUAUCUUGUUUCUGUGCUAUGCUAAAAAUAGAAGAUCCCGAUGUUAUCAUAGGUCACCGUUUGCAAAGCGUCUAUCUAGAUGUUUUGACUCAUAGAAUGCAUGAUCUCAACAUUCCAACAUUCAGUUCUAUUGGCCGUCGUCUAAGAAGAACCUGGCCUGAAAAAUUCGGUAGAGGUAAUUCGAACAUGAACCACUUUUUCAUUAGCGAUAUAUGUUCUGGUAGGUUAAUAUGUGAUAUUGCCAACGAAAUGGGUCAGUCAUUGACCCCUAAAUGUCAAAGUUGGGAUCUUUCGGAAAUGUAUCAAGUGACAUGUGAAAAGGAGCACAAGUCGUUGGACAUAGAUUAUCAAAAUCCACAAUAUCAAAAUGAUGUAAAUAGCAUGACCAUGGCUUUACAGGAAAACAUUACAAAUUGUAUGAUUUCUGCAGAAGUAUCUUAUAGAAUCCAAUUAUUAUCAUUGACCAAACAGCUGACGAACUUAGCCGGUAAUGCAUGGGCUCAAACUUUAGGUGGUACAAGAGCCGGUAGAAACGAGUAUAUUCUAUUGCACGAAUUUUCCAGAAACGGUUUUAUUGUUCCUGACAAAGAAAGCAGCAGGAAUAGAGCUCAAAGACAAAAGCAAAAUGACGAAAAUUCAGACGUACCAAUCAAUUCGAAGAAGGCAAAAUAUCAAGGUGGUCUGGUUUUUGAGCCUGAGAAAGGGCUUCAUAAGAAUUAUGUCUUAGUGAUGGAUUUCAACUCUUUGUAUCCAUCUAUCAUUCAGGAAUUUAAUAUUUGUUUUACCACUGUAGAUAGAAAUAAAGAGGAUAUUGAUGAAUUACCAAAUGUACCUCACGCAGAGAUAGGCCAAGGUGUUUUGCCAAGGUUACUAGCCAAUUUAGUUGAUCGUCGACGUGAAGUUAAAAAGGUGAUGAAAAGUGAGACUGAUCCCCACAAACGAGUCCAAUGCGACAUUCGUCAACAGGCGCUUAAGCUGACUGCUAAUUCUAUGUAUGGUUGCUUGGGUUAUGUAAACAGUAGGUUUUACGCCAAGCCCCUUGCCAUGUUGGUCACCAAUAAGGGUCGUGAGAUUUUAAUGAAUACAAGACAAUUAGCUGAGAGUAUGAAUCUCCUAGUUGUAUAUGGUGACACAGACUCUGUUAUGAUAGAUACUGGUUGUGAUAAUUAUGCGGAUGCGAUCAAGAUUGGUUUGGGGUUCAAAAAGUUAGUAAACGAGCGUUAUAGACUGUUAGAAAUUGACAUUGACAAUGUUUUCAAGAAAUUACUUUUACAUUCCAAGAAAAAGUAUGCUGCUUUGACUGUAAAUUUGGACAAGAAUGGCAAUGAAACUACUGUUCUGGAAGUUAAGGGUUUGGAUAUGAAACGUCGUGAAUUUUGUCCACUUUCGCGAGAUGUUUCUGUACACGUUUUAAACACCAUUCUGUCCGAUAAGGACCCAGAAGAGGCACUACAAGAAGUGUACGAUUACUUAGAGGACAUCAGAACUAAGGUGGAAGCCAACAGUAUAAGAAUCGAUAAGUAUAAAAUCAAUAUGAAGCUCUCAAAGGAUCCUAAGGCUUAUCCAGGUGGUAAGAGCAUGCCUGCAGUUCAAGUAGCUUUAAGGAUGCGUAGAGCAGGUAGAGUGGUUAAAGCUGGCUCCGUCAUCACAUUUGUCAUUACCAAGCAAGACGAAACAGAUAAUGAUGAAAACACGCCGGCUCUUUCUGUUGCUGAACGUGCUUAUGCACUUAAUGAAGUUAUGAUUAAGGGUAAUAAUUUAAAACCCGAUCCACAAUAUUAUCUUGAUAAACAGAUAUUUGCUCCGGUGGAAAGACUACUUGAAAGAAUUGACAGUUUUAACGUAGUGCGUUUAAGCGAGGCACUUGGUUUGGACAGUAGGAAGUACUUCAGAAGAGAGGGCGUUAAUACAAAUGGGGAAGACAUUAAUAACCUGCAACCCUUGGAAACCACAAUAACAGAUGUUGAAAGAUUCAAGGACACUGUAAUACUAGAACUAACUUGCCCAUCAUGUGACAGACGGUUUCCAUUCGGUGGCAUUGUAUCCUCAAACCAUUAUCGAAUGGCCUAUAAUGGUAUCCAAUGCAAGCAUUGUGAGCAGUCUUUCACCCUCCUUCAAUUGACAAGUCAGAUAGAGCACUGUAUAAGAUCACACAUUUCCCUCUAUUACGCUGGAUGGUUAAAAUGUGAUGACAGUACAUGCAGUAUUGUCACUAGACAACUUUCCGUUUUCGGUAAGCGUUGCUUAAACGAAGGCUGCACGGGUGUCAUGAGAUACAAAUAUACUGACAAGCAAUUGUACAAUCAACUUUUGUAUUUCGAUUCUUUGUUCGAUUGUGAGAAAAAUAAAAAACAAGAAAUGAAGCCCAUAUAUCUUCCAGAUGAUCUCGACCAUCCUAAGGAACAGCUGACGGAAUCAUCAAUAAAAGCCCUGACGGAGCAAAACAGAGAAUUAUUGGAAACCAGCCGUGACGUCGUUCAAAAAUAUUUAAACGAUUGUGGGCGUCGUUACGUUGAUAUGGGUAGCAUAUUUGAUUUCAUGCUAAACUAG